AUGGGCUUGUUGGCUUCGAAGCUUUGGAAGUACCUUUUCCCGAAUCUGGAAUGCCGUACUCUGAUGCUGGGACUGGACGGCGCCGGCAAAACGACGAUUCUCUAUAAGCUGAAGCUGAAUGAAGUCGUCACAACUAUUCCCACCAUUGGUUUGUACUUCAUGUUUAUUUAGUGGCCCCUCAAGGGUUUUAAGCUUCUAGUAGCUCCUCAAGAGUUUUAAGCUUCUUGCGGCUCUUACUUUUUAGCUAUGAAUUCCUAUAGGAGUGUCCAAUUUCCGAGAUAGUUCUGACUCACUUGAAAUUUAUCGAGAUUUGGAAUUUUCUAUUAAAACGGUUAGGAUUUUUUCAAUUUUGUUCAGGAAUCUACGUGGAAAUGUCAGUUUUUUUUUUUUGCUUUAUUAUUAGCUUCUUCUUGAUCUUGAUUCAGUGGCUACUUAAGGGGUUUCAGUUUCUUGUGGCUCCCUAAGGGUUUCAAGCUUCCAGUGGCUCCUUAAGGGUUCCAAGCUUCUAGUGGCUCAUUAAGGCUUCCAAGCUUCUAGAGGCUCCCUAAGGGUUUUAAGCUUCUAGUGGCUACUUGAGGGUUUUAAGCUUCUCGUGGCUCCCAUAAUAUUCAUUUCUCGUCUAAAUUUGAUUUUAAAAGUUUUCCUGGCUCAUUCGAAACUUCUAGAGCUGUGAAAGGCUAACAUUUCCUCAAUUUUGUUCAGGGUUCAACGUGGAAAACGUGAGUUAUCAGAAAAUCUCAAUGACCGUCUGGGACGUCGGCGGACAGGAAAGAAUCCGCGCUUUAUGGAAAUACUACUUUCCGAACACCACGGUUUUUCAUUCCAAAAAUGAGUUGGUGAAAAAAAAUUCUCAGGCGCUGAUCUUCGUCGUCGACAGCAAUGACACCGAGCGAGUCGAGGAGGCUCGAGAAGAAUUGUGGAAUUUGCUGAAAGAUCCAGAACUUCAGAGUUAGUGGAUUUUUUACUGGGAAAAAAGUGAUCAUUAUAGUCUGUGUGUCACGACUUGAAAUUUCACGGAACGACAUUCCGCUGUGCCGCUGCGCGCAUUUGCGAACCUUGGUCGCGCUUUUAAUAUUUUUCUUUCUUUUAUUAAGGUACUCUACUUUUGUGCUCCCACAGCAAUAAAAAUCAAUUUGAAGCGUGACCUAGAUUCGAAAGACGCUUCGCGACCGCACGCAGCGUAACAGCGGAAUGUCGUUCCGUGAAAUUUCAAGUCCUGGCACACAGACUAUAUUAAUCUCAUAGAUCCACCUUGAGACCUCUCUUUGAUUUCAAAAGUAAUUUUGAAUUAUUCUACUCGUCCUGAAAUAUUUCAAGUUCUUAUCACUGGUCUCCCUCAUUUCACAGCCAGAAAACGGCCUUAAAGCUUCAGUUGAAGAUUUUUUUAAAAAACUACCAAAUUUUAAAAAAAUAGUUUCACUCUUCAUAUUGGUACCUAUAAACCGGAACCUUAUUUAGACAUCGUGUUGUUGGUGUUUGCAAACAAGCAAGACCUCCCUAGAGCGAUGACGAUUCCUCAGAUCACCGAGGGACUUGAGCUUCAGAAAAUAACCGGUCGGCAGGUUGGUUCUGAAUAUCGUUUGGAAAUUUCUGACCAACUACAGCUUGUUAUCCUGGGUGAAGCCUUGAUCAUUAGUUUUUUGAGAAACUCUACUCGAAUCUGUACGAAAUCAUCGAAAAAUUUCGAACAGUUGGUUCAUAAAAAUGUUUUCCUGUCAGUUUCUCACGAUUUCGAAGUUACCUCGGAGCUACGGAACCCUUCCCUUCACGGGCCCGCGUAAAACCUACACCAAUCGAUAUAUCUCGACGAAAAAAUAACCGGAGGCCAGGUUUGACCUCCGUAGGUCAAAUAGGAACCAAGUUAAAGGCGAUCAGACUUUGAAAUCAAAAAUUCUGAAAUUGGUCAAAUUUGGAAUUAUUCGACAGAGGAGAUCAAGCAGAUCUGGAAAAACGAGGUCUCUGAGUUCCUAGGUUCCUAGGAAUCGAAAUAUGAUUUUUUUCAAAAAAAUUCUUAGACUUUGAAAAAAAUCAUAUCUUUUUUUCUAGACGUCUAAGAACUUUUUGACUUAGAUUUUUGAACUUCUGACGUCAUUUUCUAUCGAUUGAUAUGAAAAUCCGGAAAACUUUGGUUUUCGGGAAAAUCGAAAAAAGUACAGUCUAACCCCUUAAGUUUUUUUCGAGCUUCUGAAGUCAUGGAAGCCGAUCCGGACGAAAUGUAUAUCAAUCGAUAUAUCUCGACGAAAAAAUAACCGGAGACCAGGUUUGACCUCCGUAGGUCAACUAGGAACUGAGUUAUAGGCGAUCAAACUUAGAGAUCGAAAAUCUCAAUUUCCGUCAAAAAUAGUAUCAAUCGAUAGAGGAGAUCACUGAGGUCAGGAAAAACAAGGUCUCGAAGUUCCUAGGUUCUUCGAAGUCGAGUUAUGAACAAUAAUAAACUUUGAGAGAUCAUAACUUUUUUUCUAGGGGCCUAGAAAUCCUCUAAGUUUGUUAUAUCCACUUCUGACGUCAUUUCCUAUCGAUUGAUCUAAAAAUCUUGGAAAAUUUGGUUUUCGGGAAAAUCGAAAAAAGUGCAGUCUAACCCCUUAGGUUUUUUUUGAGCUUCUGAGGUCAUGGAAGCCGAUCUGGAAGAGAUGUAUAUCAAUCGAUAGAUCUCGACGAAAAAAUAACCGGAGGCUAGUUUUGACCUCCGUAGGUCAAAUAGGAGCCCAGUUAUAAGCGAUCAAACUUCGAAACCAGAAAUUCUAAAAUUGGUUAAAUUUGGUAUCAAUCGAUAGAGGAGAUCACGGAGGUCAGGAAAAACUAAGUCUCUGAGUUCCUAUGUUCCUAGGAAUCGAGUAAUGCUUUUUCAAAGACUUCAAAAAAUCAUAACUUCUUUUCUAGGCGUCUGAGAACUUUUUGACUUAGAUUUUUGAACUUCUGACGUCAUUUUCUAUCGAUUGAUAUGAAAAUCCGGAAAAAUUUGGUUUUCGGGAAAAUCGAAAAAAGUGCAGUCUAACCCCUUAGCUUUUUUUUGAGCUUCUGAGGUCAUGGAAGCCGUUCCGGACGAAAUCUAUAUUAAUCGAAAGAUCUCGACGAGAAAAUAACCGGAGGCUAGUUUUGACCUCCGUAGGUCAAAUAGGAGCCCAGUUAUAAGCGAUCAAACUUCGAAACCAGAAAUUCUAAAAUUGGUUAAAUUUGGUAUCAAUCGAUAGAGGAGAUCACGGAGGUCAGGGAAAACUAAGUCUCUGAGUUCCUAUGCCCCAAAAAAUCGAAUUAUGAUUUUUCAAAAUAAUUCCUGAACUUUGAAAAAUCAUGAAUUUUUUCUAGGCAUCUUAGACACUGGAAAGCUUACGCUCAGACGAACCGAAUGAUGUGAUUAGAUGAGCUGAAGCUUCUCUGGGAGCCGAGAUAUGACCUUAGAAGGAUUUCAGAAAAAUUUUUUUGCGCGUCUUAUUAAGUGCAUUCUCCGAGGUUGCGCGUCAGGUCACAUGCUUGCCUGAGGCCCGUGUCGGUGUACUUUACGCGCGGCCUGUUGUUCUGCAUGACUUUUAUUUAAUUUCAUAUUAAAGGCGCAUAUAUGGAGACAGACUGCGCGCAUCGAAGAGAAGCUUUUCCCGGAAGGGUUCUGUAGUUCGGAGGAAAAUAACACUUUUGAAAAGCUGGCACGGAAUAGGCUAUAACUAUUUUCACAGGUUGCAAUUCUCUCAGGAUCUUUAACUAGUAUAACACACACUGCUUGAGAAAAUGUUCAAAUUCAAGUGAUUUUCUCUGAUAGGUAUAAAUUUAUCAUUUUAUAGUGGAUUGUCAUCGGCUCCAACGGCCUGACCGGCGACGGACUGUACAAAGGCCUCGAAUGGCUCAGCGAGAAACUCAAAGAGAAAAAAUGA